GAUGCGCAUCACGCUUGGCCUCGGUGGGGCGAGUACGACAUCCUGGAGUCAAUCCAUAACCGCACCUACGCAGCCACAACGCUGCAUACCCGUGCUGAUUGUGCACAAAAGGAUGUGAACCUCAAUGAGGAGUUCAAGGGUCAGGGAUGGGUGCCCGGCUCCUGGGGCAACAAGGCGAAAGACUGCUAUGUCAAGGCGCCGGGGGAGUACAGCAACCAGGGCUGUGGUCAGAAGCAGCCUGAUGGUUCCUGGGGCCGAGCUUUGAACCAGGCUGGAGGUGCAACCUGGGCAGCUGAAUGGGAUCCAGACAACAAGUACAUCCGCACUUGGUUCUUCCCACGUGGCAAGGUACCCAGAGAUUUGUUGGAGAGACGACCUGUGCCAGCAUCGUGGGGCAUUCCCACGUCCUUCUUUUCCUUGCAGCCCAACGAUUGCAGUGCCAAUCACUUCGAAAGGAUGAGAAUGGUCUUCGACAUCACGUUCUGCGGGGACUGGGGUGGGCCCACCUUUGGCGCACACUGCCCUGGUAUCG